AUAGUCAGACUGAUAUAGGGGGUGAAAGGCAGACAUAUAUCUGCAGUCUCAGCCGGUGCAGACGCCUGCAGUCUUGUAGCUCUCUGGCCUUCGACACUCACAGCGGGAUCCUCACUGUCACAAGAUGAAGCUGGCACUAGCUCUGAUUGUUGCACUCCAAGUGUCUGUGUGCUUUUGCGCACUGCCUGAGCCCGAUAAGGAGCUGGUAGAUAAGUAUGAGGGUCUGAAAGCGACGUUCUACAAGAGGCUGGUGAGCGCUUACCAGAAGGCCCACGUUGCCAUCGGAACUCUCGCAGAGGGCACCAUCACAGGCGAGAAGGCCAAGGAGAUCGUGGACUCUGUGAAAGCCAGCGACAGAGCCCAGAGUGCUGCCAAAGCUUUAGCCGCCGUGGCCGAGGAGCUGGAACCCGUUGUGGAAAGGGCCCGCCUGGCCGCUCUCGGCGUGUACGGCGCGUACCUGCGCCCCUACAUCGGCGAGUACCUGGACCACGGCAUCCAAAGCAUCAAGCCCAUGCUGGACACAGUGCUCCCAGUCGAGGGGCAAUAAGCCAAAUCACCGCCCAUCUACCCCCCCCCCCCCCCCCCCCACUCUCCACAGAGGCCGAGCUGUGUCUCAGGCCCGGCUUUACAUCCUCAAUUAGAGACCAGACGUACUAAACAUGCACAGAAUUAACAGAGCAGUAAAGCAGAUUAGCGAACUGUGUGAUUGAUAGCUGUGUUCCUAGCAUUUUGUAGAUGUAGAUUACAGGCUUGUUACUGUAUAUAUCUGUGUAUCUGUGAUGCUGUUCGUUACAAUGUUUGGGAAAAAAAAAAAAACACCACAAUUUGUCCAGCAAGAAUAAAAAAAUAAAAAGUGAAAACCA